UUGAGGCGAGGCAGCCGGAGCGGACCGGGUCCUGGACCAGCAGAGGAGCGCUGCAGCGGGAAUAUCCUGUCGGUUUUCUUCCUCGUCCUCUUCCUCCUCUCACAUCUCCAUGCGUUGCUCCGGGAUUCGUGCUCCCAAUCCAUCCGACAAUCCUCUCGAUCUGUCCUCUCUUUGCCGUCUGAAACGUCCCGACUGUCCGUCCAGAACUUUACAGCCCGACAGACCCAGACAGACGUUUGCGGAACCGAAGCGGGACUAAACCGUGAAGUGGGAUGAACCUGGGCGAGUCCAGAGAGCCGGUCCUGCACCGCGGCCGGGUGUCCCUGGGGGGCCACUGGACCUCGGGGACCCCGAGUCCCGCCUCGGAUGCAGAGAUGGGUUUCGAGCAGAGUCUCUCCGGGGACUGCAGCUCCCCGGACGGAAUCGGACCCGGGAACCUGAGGACUGGCGAACCCAGGAUCCCUCUGAGCCCCGGUCAGUCCCAGGCGGCGGCGGGGGACGGGAAGGCCGCCGGGGCGGAGCAGCGGAUCCGGAGGCCCAUGAACGCCUUCAUGGUGUGGGCCAAGGACGAGAGGAAGCGGCUGGCUCUGCAGAACCCCGACCUGCACAACGCCGUGCUCAGCAAGAUGCUCGGUCAGUCCUGGAAGGCCUUGAAUGCGACGGACAAGCGGCCGUUUGUGGAGGAAGCCGAGCGCCUGCGGGUGCAGCACCUCCAGGACCACCCCAACUACAAAUACCGGCCUCGCCGCAAGAAGACCACCAAGAAGCUGAAGCGGGUGGAGCCGGGGCUCCUCCUGCACAGCCUGGCGCAGGGCGGCGCCCCGGGCCUCGGCGUGGGAACCGGCGUCGGCCCCCUGGGUGCAGAGGGCGUCUCCGGAGGUUCUUCCUACGGGCAUCCGCCACAUCAGCACCACCCGCACCACCUGCUGUCGUCGAUGGGGCACUUCAGGGACCUCCAGGCCCCCGGACACCCGGACCUGGAGAGCUACGGCCUGCCCACGCCGGAGAUCCCUCUGGACGUCCUGGAGGACGGAGCCGGGGAAUCUGUGUUUUUCCCCCAGCAUAUUCCGGAGGAGGGAGGCAUGGGCGGGUGGAGCGGGUACCACCACCACCUCCACCACCAUAACCAGCACUACAGCCACCACUACAGCAGCCACGGUCACUCCGCCCACGGCUCCUCAGGGAUGAGCGCUGGCGCCGCUCUGGCUCCGCCCAGAAGCUCCAGACUGGUCGAGUCCAACCUGAGUUCGGUCAACUCUAAGUUGAACCAACAGAUCACCCUGAGGAGUCCCAUGAAGUGCCCGCCUCCUCCGCCCGACUCCUCCUGCCCCGCCUCCUACCCCCAGACCUCCAUCAGCCUCCCGGAGCCCGUCAAGUGCCACCAGACGCUGAGCGGCGCUCCCGUCGGCUACUUCAGCCAGAUGUACGGGAGCGCCGCGCCCGCCGGGUCCCACUUCGCACCGUCCCACCUGGGGCAGCUCUCACCCCCACCCGAGGUGUCUCCUUCGCCCUGCUCCACCUCCUUCCUCCCCUCCGUGCUCUUGGACCACCCGAACCCCGACACCUCCGGCCACCUGCCGUCUUCUUCUGCUGAGUUCUGGUCCGAGGUGGACAGGCACGAGUUCGACCAGUACGUCAACGUGGGGCGGAGUCGGGAGGAGGUGUUUGGACUGGGCGGUGGGGGCGGGGUGGGACCGAAGGUCCUCGCUGGGCGCGGCGGUAACGGCGUGAUGAGCGGCUGUGACGACGGCAGCAGCCCUCUGAUAUCGGCUCUGUCCGACGCCAGCAGCGCCGUCUACUACAGCGCCUGCAUCACCGGGUAAACGCUCCCUCACCUCCGCCUGAUUUGUUUUGGUUCGCUUGAACCACAGUGACAUGAAGAAGGGAAGGAAUGCUGGGAAAAUUAGUUUUGGCUCAUACCUUUGGUCAAACGCUUGCCUCACGUUUCUCGAACUGGUUCAGCUUGAAGUGAGAUGAGUGUUUUUUAUCACACAGGGCCUAAAUAUACAAAACUGAAACAAAAGGAAAUACCAAAGACGGCUCAGAAGGACCCCGUUUACAUGACAAUGUUUCCUUCAGAACGUUUUAAAUUUACACAGAAAAAGUUUGAAAACGAAGUCCGUUUACAAGACAACGGCAGAAAUAGUGAAAAACAUGUAUUUUUCAUGUUUGGCCACUAGUGGGUGCUGUUGGUUGUUUUGGAAAUGACACCACAGAGAACAGCAGAAACAGAAACAUGAACAGUGGGAGUGCAGACAUUUUGGCAACAAAGCUGGAUUUCUGUUACAGGUGACUCUCGCUGCAUUUUGUCCUCUUUCUACUGAGACGAAUUCAGAGCAUUUGCCAAAAGUUCCACUUUGGAAGCCAUUUUUUUCCAAAAAGUUGUGUAUUCAGAGGCUCUGGGCGUUGUUGUGAGGGAAACAAACGCGACAGUUUUAAAUAUUCAUUGAAAGACAUUGUCAUGUAAAUGGGGUUUAAAAUGUUUACCACCUUUUCUCAAUGUUUUCAUCCAGGGUGCUGAAUUCUACGUUUCACAUGAUUUUUGCUCAAUAAGAACGGUUUUGUCAUGUGGUGUUUUAUGUAAGUCGGGGGGUUUUCAAAGUUUGAGUCCAUCAGAGAGCUUGAGAAUUGGCUUUUGGAUGCCAUGCUUUCACCUGGAAAUGUAUCAUUUCAAUUCAUCGUAUUGAAAUAUGAUACUUUUGCACUUGAGCUUAAUUAAAGUGAUUCCAGCUACAAAAAUAUGCAUCUUAAUUUGAUUUCUUCUCAAAGAAAUCAUUGGAAAAUGGAGCAGGGCAUCAGUCGGACCCUGGCAGUGUUUCCUGCUGUCUGGCGGGACACUUUGAAAACCACUGCUUUAUAUGAUUCACACCUUCUCUCAAGAGUAGAUCUGAGUUAAAGUGCCUCUUCCUGAAGGAACAGACCUCUGAUUUGUUCCGUACGCUUCACUCUGGGUCUGCCUUUCAUCAGAAUCUCACCUUUUUUUUUUUUUAAAUCAUCUCAAGUCAACGUCAACACUUCAUCUCAGGACAAAGGAAAACAAUCUUCUCCAUCAGCUGAACAAGAACACAGUCAGAGUCGGACUCCCCGGCAUGUCGGGAAAUCCUCGGCGUCGCGCAGACACUCAGGACGCCUCACAAAGUCUGGUCCUUCAAGUAAAGCCAAAGUCUGCAGAAUCCUUCCUGCUGAACUCAGUUCGGCUGAACCGACGGGCCUCUGGAGGACUUCCUCACUUUAUACGCAACAUAUUAACCCCGUUCCACCAGAUUCUGGUGAGCUCCUCGCAGUUUUUUGGGUCUGAAAAGCCUUAUAAUGUUUAGAAAGUGUUGUUUGAUGAAGCCA